GGGCGGGAGCCCUGCGACAGCGCCGAGAUGCAGCUGAAGGUGGACUUCUUCCGCAAGCUGGGCUACUCCUCGGAGGAGAUCCACGUCGUGCUGCAGAAGCUCGGCCUGAACGCCGACACCAACACCGUGCUGGGGGAGCUGGUGAAGCACGGCCCGGCCGAGCGGGAGAGCACCGAGGCCCCGCCGGAGACCAAGGAGGCCCCGCUGGUCCCGCGGGGGGGGGCCGCGAACAAGACCCCCGCGCCCGUGCCGGCCCCGGAGGAGACAGAGAGCGAGAACCUGAAGCCCAUCGUUAUCGAUGGCAGCAACGUGGCCAUGAGCCAUGGAAAUAAAGAAGUGUUCUCCUGCCGAGGUAUCCUUCUGGCUGUCCAGUGGUUUUGGGACAGAGGACACAAGGACAUUACAGUAUUUGUGCCAUCUUGGAGGAAAGAGCAGCCACGACCAGAUGUACUUAUAACAGACCAGUACAUUCUCCGUGACCUUGAAAAGAAGAAAAUUCUGGUCUUCACUCCUUCCAGGCGGGUUGGAGGCAAGCGUGUUGUCUGUUACGAUGAUCGAUUCAUUGUGAAACUGGCACAUGAGUCUGAUGGCAUUGUGGUUUCUAAUGAUACUUAUCGGGACCUGCAGAACGAGCGUCCUGAGUGGAAGAAAUUCAUUGAGGAGCGCCUGCUGAUGUAUUCCUUUGUUAACGACAAGUUUAUGCCUCCAGAUGAUCCCUUAGGGCGACAUGGCCCCAGCCUGGAUAACUUUCUAAGAAAGAAACCUGUGGUGCCAGAACACAAGAAACAACAGUGCCCUUAUGGGAAGAAAUGCACUUAUGGAAUUAAGUGUAAAUUCUACCACCCUGAAAGGAUCAAUCAGCCCCAGCGCUCAUUAGCUGAUGAACUCCGAGCCAAUGCAAGGUUGUCUCCUACCAGAAGUACCAGUGCCAAGGAGGAGAAAAAGGGCAAAAGAGGUUCCCAGGCAGAGCUCUUGUGCUCUGUGCCCACAGAGAGUGAUAAGAGCUCUUUGCAGAAGGUCUCUGCAGAGAGGAAAAGCUUGACCCAAAAAGCAAAGCCCAGUGAUGUUCCGCUUCAGGUCAAAGGCUGUGUGUCAGGCAGUGUCCCUCCUAACAGUGGGAGCCACAGGUCCUCUGACAGGUACCAGCAGCCUCAUAUGGACUCUCUGUCUUAUGUGUCUCAGGAGCAUCUCGACUCAGGCAUUGGGUCUUUGGAGAACCAACUGUCUGACAUGUGGCCUUACAGAUCUACCAGUCACUGUGAUCAUUCCCAUGCUGAUCAGGUGGCAGUCUGCACCUGCGGUAGGCAGAGACCUGUCUACCCACAUUCUCCCAGCUUAGAGCAAAAUGGUCUGGUCUCUUACAAGCAUGGUUCCCACAAAUCUUCUUCCUCUGGUGCUAGCUUCUUGCAGUAUAGCCCUGAGAUAUCUCACUCGGGACCACCUCACUCUUUCUCAGGCUAUGGAGUACCUGUACACCCAGCUAAUGCUGGGCAAUACAGUCUGCCCAAUGAGUAUAAUGCCCCUCCACCCCAUUCUCGCGAGUACUGGUCUGAACCGUACCAGAUGCCACCUCCUCAAGUGAGAUCUACCAGUGUGCGAGAUCCUCGUUCAGUACAGAGGGCCCCAGGGCCAACAUAUGGGGAUUCCUGCCAGUGGGCUGUCUCUGACCAGUUUGCAGAGGAGCGGGCCAAUGUGCACGUCAAGCUGUGUGGCAUAUUCCAUCCCCAUUUAGUUGAUGCUGUGAUGAGCCGUUUCCCUCGGCUUCUGGAUCCCCAAAGGCUAGCUGCAGAGAUACUAACGUACAAGUCUCAGAACCCAGGUAUAUGAGGCAGAUGCCGAGGACAGCCAGGCAUAUGAGAAGCUCGAGGGGCAGUGUUUGCACUCUGUAGCUGCCAUAGAUGCCUUCUGAGGGCUCCUCCUUACUCCUUGGAAGUACCAGGCUCCAGUUGGAGGCUGGAUACCAGAUGUGGUAUGCUCACAGCAAAUUCUGGUCUAGACAUGACACUGUGCCCCUCUUAGAGACAGCCUAGGGUCCCAUCUGCCCCAGAGAAUGUUGAAGAGGCUCUGGGUGCUGAACAGAAGAGGCUGCAGCUUCAGAGCAGGAUUUUUCCUUUGGGGUUGCAUGGUGAGUCAGGCACACCCUAAAUUCCUGCAGUUGUUCAGAACUGAAUGUGACCUUACUCCUCCCAUUAGCUUCAGUUUUGAGAUGGCUUAGUGUAUUAUCGAGCACGGGGAGGGAGGACUCUGGGGGGGCUUGUGAAAGAUAAGGGGGUACUACCUUUGCAGUGGUGUGAGGCUUAUUUGUGAAGACUGAAAUGCAUUGUCAAGGCUGUUCUUAGCUCUUAACUAAGCCUCUUUACUAAAUCCCACCAUGCAGAUCUGUGGAAAAUGUUGGAUUAUAAAUCUAGUAUGAAGCUAGGUUUAGCUGACUUUAAUUUGGUUUUUAGUGCUUAGCAAGCUGCUCAGCUCCCAGAAAUAAGAGGAGCUAGAAGUGCAAUCCUUUCUCAGGAUGAGAGGCCUGACAGUGCCCCAAAGUUACACGCAAGUUGUGUGUUUGGCAUUUGCUGAAAAAUGCAGUUGUCAGAACACACGGAUGACCAUGCUGUUGAUGCUGCUCUAAAACAUUGACCUGGCUGGUAACCUGUCUUAGGCUAUCUCUGUAAAACACUGACAAGGAGGAUUUAUGAUGUGCCUUUUGUCUUCAUACAGCAAUAGUCUUGAGCAUUCAGUAAAACAGCUGUAGUCAUGUCUGGACUGCUGCCAGUACUAUUCCUGAGGAUUCUUUAAUAUUUUUCUCUGUAAAGCUGUUGCUUCAUCUUCCUUCUUAUGAAAGUUUUCCUGUCCCCUUCAGCUUUGUCAAACUAUAGCAGCAUCCAAAAAUAGAGAAUAAGACUUAUUUGGUAAGACUGUUCCCCUUUCGUUCCCUCUUACUCUGUAAGAUGUUUUUUACUGUAGAUACUGUAACAGAUUUUAAAUAUGCAAAACCAAUUGCUGUAGUAAUUGGUUCUGGUCCUGAAAUUUCAUUGUGCUUAGAAUGCAGAGAUGUUUCUUGCACUUGCAGGCCAGAAGCAGUUAAUUUGUUGAUACACAUUGUAUCUGUGUUUUUUGUUAUGUUUUUUAAAAUAUGUCCAUCUUGUGGUUAAACCAAGGUUGUUGAGUGGCAAAUUAUGAAGGGGAGAGUGGAAUACAGCUGUUUCUGAGAACCCUCUUCAGGAAUGGUUCUGCCUAUUACUGUUCUUCCCUCUGACUGUCCAAAGCGUGACCUGCCCAGACUGGCACCAUGUGCCAUAGAAACCACAGGGACACAGAAACCUGUAUACCUGGUUAAUUAUGAUACAUUACAAAUUAGUAAUGUUUCAUGUUAGUAAGCAAAAUGCUUCUUAAUUUUAAGUAACCUGAUACUUUGCAUAUUUGUAAAUUACAGGAAAAAUGGUUUUUAAUGUUAUUGUCCAGCAACUUGCUGCUUGAUGCUGUUUUUAAUUAGUACUAUUCUCGACUCAGCCAUUGUGUUACUUGGCGUGGUGUGUUUUGUUUUUCUGGUGGAACGUUGAUAUAUGCUUCUCUUGCAAUCAGAAGAUUAACAUUUUAUACUCACAAGCUGACAUUUUACUGAACUUUCUGUAUCAUUAUGCAGUAUAUAUUUUAUGUACUGAAUGGAGGCAGCCAUGUGAAAGCCAUGGCAAAGUAAGAACUUGUGUUAUAGAAAUAAAAACUGCU